CCGCCCCGCCCAGGCAGCCACGGCGGCAGGCGUCAUGGCGCGACCCGAGCUCCGCGCGGCUCUGGAGGCGCAGCUCCGGGAUCUAGCCAUCCCGACUGUGAGCGUGGAUCACCCCGAGGUAUUUACAGUUGAAGAAAUGAUGCCUCAUAUCCAACACUUGAAAGGAGCACACAGUAAGAACUUGUUUCUCAAAGACAAAAAGAAGAAGAAUUAUUGGCUGGUAACAGUCCUUCAUGAUAGGAAGAUUAACUUGAAUGACCUGACCAAGCAACUUGGUGUUGGAAGUGGAAAUUUGAGAUUUGCUGAUGAAACAUCUAUGCUAGAAAAACUACAAGUUGGUCAGGGCUGUGCUACACCCCUGGCUCUCUUCUGUGACCAGGGAGAUGUGAAAUUUGUCCUGGACUCUGCCUUUCUGGAAGGUGGAUAUGAAAAAGUGUACUUUCAUCCAAUGACAAACACAGCCACAAUGGGUUUGAGCCCCAGUGACUUUCUUACCUUUGUGAAGAAGACGGGGCAUGAUCCUAUAAUAUUAAAAUUUGAUUAAACUAAUGGGCCAACAUUUUUAAUAAAAUGUCACUUUGUAAAU